GUCACGCAGACGAUGCUUUGAUGCAUCCAUGUCAUGGUGAUGAUGCAAACACACACGGCAAGAGAUAGGGUGAACGCAGAAGCGAUACAACAAUCCGUCAACCUGUCUCUGUACAUUCAUCGCACUUAUCACGACGCAGGCGGCCACGCAGCCUCUACACACAGCCACCACCCGCCAUCAACCUACUCAUGUUCCCUCGCUGCCUCCAAUGCCUUCCAUCGCUCAUCCAUCCUCUUCUGCGCAAACGCUGGCAAAGCUCCAGGCCUCUGCGACCUGACAAACGACCAGAGCAGGACCAUUUACGUGUCACUUUGGGCGUGAUGUGUUUGUCGACCUCACCGCAAAUUUCCCUCUGUCUUCAGUUCGAGCAGCAGGUCCGCCACAGGCCCCCACUCCUCCCACACACCCGCUGCCUCACUUGCUGGUCUGUCGUGCAUGUGGCAGAGGGCCGCCAGCAGGUGGUACAGGGCCACCGGCGAGAGCCGAGACAGAUACUGCGUAUUGGAAGUUACCCGCACACGGAUGCAGCGACUCAGUGCCUGAACGCGAGUGAAUUGACACGAACAGAUGGGGGGCAUCUCUCUCCACGUGUCUGUGUCUGUGUCCGUGCUCACGCUGUCGAGCUGUCCGGCGGUGACGAAUGCGUGGAGGAUGAUUGGCAGUGUCGAUAGCUUGAGGCCAUCCAGGCCACUCACGAGCGUACCAGAAAGCGCCGCAAACACCUCUCCAUCAACCGGGCAGCGCGGGCUACUGCAACACAAAACACACCAAGAGAACAGACACAACGAUUGUAUGAGCAAUAUAGGCACACACGCUGCCCCCAGUUCUUCUCUCACUUGAUGGUAGCGAGGCUCCGUGUGACCAUGGCGACAUGUCUGGCCUCCCACAUGCCCCCUGACCGCCCCAGCCCGCCCUUGCGCACCAGCCCGCCCUUGCCCCUCAUGCGACCCUGCCUGCCUAGCCGAAUGCCCGACGUCAGCAGCGCCUUGAGGUUGCUGAUCAGAGAGGGAGGAGGGACGAAGCCAGUGCGGGCGUGGCUCCACAAGACGACAGAGAGGCCGUGGGGGCGGAACUCAUUCAGCCGCUGAGACGCUGACUUGGCCACAGACUGCAUGAGUACGACACACCAGAGGGGCGCAUCUGAAUGUGCGUCCGUGUAGUGUAUCCCUCCUCUUGUUCACGUACAUGGAAUAGGUUCCUGUCGAUCUUCAUCCUCGGCAGGAUGCGGCUGUGUCGGGGCUGCUGGCUCAUGAGGUGGAUCUUGGUCAAGCACCACAAACACGUGGCCAACUCAACGGUCGGCAGCUGACUCACUUGACCCGUCAACACGCGACUGAGUCCCGAGACGAAAGCAGGGAGGAUGGACCGGGGCGGCUGGUGGCUCGCCGCCUUCUCGCCGUUGCGUCGAUUUGGGUGUGUCGGCCUUGAGAGAAUGUCGCCAUCCCAGAUCUCGAAAUCGAUCUCCAUCACCUCGCGGCGGAACGAGCUCUCGGGCGAGAAGUAGGCUGUAUCGCUGCCUACACAGCAGGGGAACAGAGGUGAGAGACCAGUGGGCAUUCCCGCCAGUGUGUGAAUGCACUGACUUUCUUUUGUGCCGUCCUCCUCCAUCUCGUCAUCUUCUGCAGCAGCGGCUGACUCGCUUGCCGCGCCGUCGCUGUGUUUCAGCGAGAGGUCCGCCAGCCUCCCCAGACACCACAGCAUCUUGACGGCGUGCUUCGAAUUGAAGUCGCCAAGGCGGUCGAUCAGCACCUCCACCGACCGCUCCAAGUCAUCCAAAUCCCAGCCGCCCCUCUUAUCUUGUUUCUGUGGAGCUCCGCCCGCCUUGGCCGAAGCCCACACAAACGCCGUCAGCUCGUGAGUCGAGAAGGCUGCUAUCUGCCGGUGCGCAUGAGUCCAUAAAAGAGAGAACAGGGCCGGAUCUGUCAAGUCGCACCGCGCCAUCAGCCAACCGAGCCGCAUGACGUCCCUGGGAACCGGCAGCCAGUCAUGACUGUUGUCUUGUUGAUGGAGGUAAGCCCCCAGCUGCGUCUUGAUGCGCUCCUUCGUCACGCGGAAGCUGUCCCGUGCCCAUGUGUUGCGGGCAAGGGAGAAGUCGGCCUUGUAUGCCAGCUUGAAUAGAGCCUGGAUCUCCUUCUGCAAGGCUGUUUCUGCGGCAGGAAAAUCCGACGAACUCGCUUUGGCCUCGGCUUUCAUCGAUGAAUCAACUGCAGGCACGAUUGAUGAGUGGAUCUGCAGAUGAGCAGGAGCAGCACCAAGGCGCCGAG